UUUUUUAGUAACCGGGCGCAACAGAAGACCUUCAGAGACGCGAAUUUACUUUGUGGAUUUUCCGAUAUUUUACAAUUUCCUAAUAAUGCUCCCAGUCGGAGCCGAAAAGUUUCAUUCGAGUAGCUGUCUUACGUUAGCUACUUAGUCCGAACGGUAUUGCUCCGCACCCAGUGAACUUUGGAGAAUCGAGAAACGGCGAUCAAAAUGAGAGCUCAAAUUGAAGUUAUACCAUGUAAGAUCUGUGGCGACAAAUCCUCUGGGAUUCACUAUGGUGUUAUUACGUGUGAAGGAUGCAAGGGUUUUUUCCGACGCAGCCAGCAGAACAAUGCCAUGUAUUCGUGUUCACGGCAGAGGAACUGCCUGAUCGACCGAACCAACAGGAACCGCUGCCAACACUGUCGUCUGCAGAAGUGCCUGGCGCUCGGCAUGAGCCGUGAUGCGGUGAAGUUUGGCCGAAUGUCAAAGAAACAGCGGGAUAGCCUGUACGCGGAGGUGCAGCGGCACCAGCAGCUGUCUCAGGAGUGCCUGGCGGGUCUGGGUGGUGGUCUGGCUCCACGUGACCGCGAAGAGACGGGUGAAGACAGCACGCACAGCCGGCCGUACAGCAGCGGAGGCUCCAGCUCCACCCUCAGUGACCUGGAUGACAUCGCCACGCUGCCCGACGGUUUGCUGUUCGACCUGCCGCUCACCCCAGAGGAGGCGAGCGAGUACUGCGCUCUGGAGAUGCUUGGGGGCAGCGGAGGGUCCGGGAGUGCCGGAAGCGGAAGUUCGUCCAAUCAGAGCUCUCCCGAGCCCAGCGCUGUAGAUAUGGCAGAAGCAGGGAGGGUGAAGCAUGAGUAUAUCCUGCCUGAAAAUAGUCUUUUUACGCACGCUCUCCUGGGAUCUCUACCAGACAACUGCUCUCUACAUGACAUAGAGCGAAUCACUCAAAAUGUGGUGAAGUCUCACCUGGAGACGUGUCAGUACAGCGCAGAAGAGCUGAAGAAACUCACCUGGAACCUCUACACGUCUGAAGAAACCCGCAGCUUUCAGCUCAAGUCUGCAGAGUGGAUGUGGCAGCAGUGUGCCCUGCACAUCACAAACGCCAUCCAGUACGUCGUGGAGUUCGCCAAGCGCAUCUCUGGAUUCAUGGACCUCUGCCAGAACGACCAGAUCAUCCUGCUCAAAGCAGGAUGUCUGGAAAUACUGCUGAUUCGAAUGUGCCGCGCUUACAACUCUUCAAACAACACUAUGUUUUUCGAUGGCAAGUUUGCAAGUCCUCAGCUCUUCAGAGCCCUUGGGUGUGAUGACCUGGUGAACGCCGUCUUUGAAUUGGCUAAAAGUCUGAGCCGCCUUCAGUUGAGUGAUGAGGAAAUGGCUUUAUUCAGCGCUGCAGUCCUGCUGGCUCCAGAUCGGCCGUGGUUGACAGAGUCUCAGCAGGUUCAGAAGCUCCAGGAGAAGGUUUACGUGGCUCUUCAGCACAGCCUGCACAUGAACGGAGCCACUGCUGAGAAACUGGAUAAGAUGGUGUCCAAACUACCGCAGAUGAAAUCCAUCUGUAACCUGCAUAUUGACAAGCUGGAGUUCUUCCGCCUAGUUCACCCGGAGACAGCCUACAGCUUCCCACCUCUGUACAGGGAAGUGUUCGGCAGCGACAUCAACUUCCCUGACUCUACCAACAGUUAGAGAGAGGGAGAUAGCGAGGGAGAAAAUGACAGAGAGUGUGUAGGGGAAAUCACGAGUGAGCGUUAAAGCGAGAGAGGUCAUUACGUGUAAAAACAGCAUUUCAAUUGAAUUUUAAAAACCUCCAGGGAGAAUCCUCAGUCUGUUAGCAUACAGACACGCACACACACAAUACACUACAAACAUGGGAGCCAACAAACUUUCAGAUUUGACACUCAUAUAGAGUUUAUUUCUGGAGUUGUGCUCUCAGAUCUCGGUUUAUUUUAAGGAAACACUCCGUAAUGCUCUUUUACGUACAGAUGUAUGCUUGCGAAGGCCCUUCGUCCCAACUUGUAGCUGUCUAAGCAUGCCACUGUUCCUUCUGCAUCUGUACACAGAGAUAUUUAAAGGAGUUUAUAAGAGGUUUUAUAAUUUUAAUAAUUUUACAAGGAUCAAACUCUCAAAGCAAAUACAACAUACUAGAUGACGUCAACUGCCCUUCGCGACUGAAUCACUCUUUAAGCACUACUAUUGCUUUUUUUUCCUCUCUCUCCCUUCGUUUUUCAUCCUCUGACGAAUCAUGAAUGUAUCCCAAAAGCACUUAUUUUGAUUUGAGACCGAAUGUACACAACGCACUUUUGGUCUUGCUUUAUGCUUUAUGAGACUUUGACAAUCCACUCAUAUAAAAAAACAGAAAAAAACAACU